AUGUCACGACUUGUCAACAAUAUUGCAAUUGUCACUGGGUCUUCCAGCGGAAUUAGACGUGCCAUCGCACUAAAAUUUUCACGAGAAGGCGCAGUGGUCGUCUGCGCUGAUAUCCGGGAGAUAGCAAGAACAGAAAUACUUACUGAAACCGAAAUUGCGACGCAUGAUCUGAUUACCCAAAAUGGAGGCACCGCUGUGUUUCUGAGAGUGGAUGUCUCAAAAGCUGAAGAUGUGGAAAGACUGAUAUGUACAAUGAUCAACAACGCCGGAGUUUCCGCCGAAGCUGAUAAUCCAAGACCUAUCUGGGACUUUUCACAAGAGAUCUGGGACAAGGAUAUUGCCCUUAAUUCGACUGGUGUGUUCCUGGGAUGCAAAUACGCCUCUGCUCAGAUGAUACAGCAGGACCAUGUACCAUGUGGGGAUAGGGACUGGAUUGUCAAUAUUAUCAGUGUCUUCGGAUUGACCGGGGCUGCGUCUAUAGCAGGAUACGUAGCUUCCAAGCAUGCCACAAUGGGAGUUACGAAAGUUGCGGCGUGGGACUGUGCGCCUCAUCGCAUCCACGUGAAUGCGAUUUGUCCGGGUUAUAAGGUGUUAUUAUUGGUUCACAUAAUAACCUUGCUAGACACGGAUACUGCAUUCAUUUCAGGAAUCUCUGGAGAAGUCAGAGGAUUUGUUCAGCAAUUACAUCCCUUCCGUGGCCUGGGCAAACCUGAGGACGUCGCAAAUGCUGCCAUCUUCUUGGCAUCUGAGGAGAAUACUUGGGUUACUGGCAUUGGGCUUCCUGUCAAAGGAGGUUAUACUUCGCUGUAA